CUUGGAGCAUAUAACAGAUCAAACGCCGACACAGGAACAGAACAAGACGUCCGUGUAGCGAGGAUUGUUGUUCAUCCAAAUUACAACAAACCAAUUCCGCUAUCUAAAGACAUUGCUCUUCUCAAAACCCGCCAGAUUGGGAAAAGGAAUUGGAGUUGUUUGUCUAGAAGACUAUGAAUACGAUCUCCCGAUAAAUAAGCACUCAAAAUGCUAUAUCACUGGAUGGGGAAAGCUGUCGUCUGGAGGAGGCCAGCCAGAUGUAUUGAUGCAGGCUUCAGUUCCACUAGUUUCAAAAGAGAAAUGUCUUGAAACUUACCCCAAUCAAAUCGAUGAUUCCAUGUUAUGUGCUGGGCUGGAUAAAGGAGGCGUGGAUGCUUGUCAGGGUGACAGUGGAGGGCCGUUAGUCUGCGAGCACCACCAUCAUUGGUACCUUGAAGGAGCCACAAGCUGGGGGUGGGGAUGCGCGAAACCUGGAAAAUAUGGCGUUUAUGCAAAAGUACGACAUUUUAGAAGAUGGAUAAUGGAUACAAUAGACCCAGGAAGCGGUAUGGUAGAAGAUGACCUACAUUAUUUAACCGGGGAUGCUAUAAAACUUGAAACUCGAUCGCCAACUAGUCAUUUGUUACUAUUUUAA